AUGCCUACGAUCUGCGCGUACUUGACGGCAGUAAUACUGGUGGCGGCAAACAAUGCCCACCGUCCAUUUUCAGACAAUAUGCUCUCGGAUAUGAAACUUACCAGGAAAGCUGUUCAGCUUGUCGAUGACAUUUUUGGCAGUCAGAUCUUCCCAGAAAGCGGCCAGGUCCAUCUGGUUCGGAACGCAUGUGCCGACUUGAAUCAAAAUGCGCUGAGAAGGUGGUAUGAGAAAUUCGGGACCGCAUAA